ACUCCUGACAUAAUACCCGUCGUGUCCCUUUACAACCCUUCAGUCAGCUCGCACAACUUCCCCGAGUGAUCCUCGACCAUUAUUCGUCAUUUUCACAGCCCAUGCAAAUGUGUUGCCUCUUCAUCUUCUGCCUCUUCCCUCCCCGCCCUCCCUCCUAAGCAUCACCGUCCAGUUCCCAUGCCAACAGCUUCCGAGCGACUAUUCCGGUGCACAGGUAUGGAAGCCGCGGAAAUGUGUCAUCACCAGUGGGAGUGUAGGCAGAGGAGCUCUCUGGUGUGGAGGGAUGCCCACAUAGAAGGAACGAGUGGGUCGAGGAGAUGUAUAUAAAGAAGAGCUCGGCGGUGCUCGAGUCAACGUCUCGCUCAGUUUUUGACAUUUCUUUCGGCAUCGUCCGUCCCAAAGAAGUGGAGCAGCCGACCAGAUCCGCCAGAUUCCAAAUCCUUCAUCCACUCCGGAGCUUCACCGCGCCGACAGCUCGCCGUCCCCACAUUUGCGCCACCGCUCCAUCCAUGGCGACCAGCAUGGACACGCUCCCUGCCCAUCUGCUGCCUUUGGUGAUGGAGGAGUUCCCCCAGUCGCUGGCCACAGCCUGCGUCUGCCGAGCCGGCCGGCGCGAGCCGCGCCUCCGCUGCGUGCAGUGUGGCAUCAUCGUCGAGGAGGUGGAGGAGGAGGAUCGCUCCACCCUGGAGGAGGACCAAGCCCUGCGCUCCUUCCUGCAGACCGUGGAGAGCCUGAGGAGGAGCACCAGAUGAGCUCCUCCAGGGGAAGUGCUGGCACGACUGGAGUGACGUGUGGGGUUUUUUUUUUGACAAAUUUGGCUCCCCGGCCACCGACCGACAGACAGACGUCCACGGCGUUAUGGACCAAGACGGUGUGAGGCGGUGAUAUUUUGGCACCGCGUAUGGCGACGGAUGAGUCAAGACACUGAGAACUGUGAUGGAGCGUGAUUAAGAAAGCGAUAGUCAAAAGCUGCUGGCAGGAGAUAUUUUUUAUCGAUAUUAUUCCAAAGUAAUUUUGCUUUUCUGCACAGUGACUUUCUGCAAAGCAUUGCUUCCUGUCAAUGUGAAAUUGUUCUUGUAUUAUUCACAUGAUUGCUUUUUUUUUUAUGAAUGUCCAUAUUGUCUGCUGCUUUAAAGAUAUUCAGUUUAAUAUAUACAGCCGAAGUUUUCUGCAUUGAUUCGGUGGUCAGUCUUCCCACUGACUCACUUAAUUUAUUAAUCAAUAACUUAAAAAAACACUUCAUACAUUAAGUUUCCCAUUCAUUUAAAUUCAAAUCUAAUCCUGGAAUAUAUGGGGUUUUUUCAGGGGGGAAAUGUGGACUUGCAGAAAUAAUCUUUCAGACUUUUCCAUGUGGUGGCACUAUUGAUGCACUUUUUUUUUUGUUGUUGAGAUAAACAGCACAAACACGCUCUCCCCCUCGGUCCAGCCUACGACCAGACAGCAACCCCUGCUACUGCUGAUAUGAUUCAGCCGCGAAUACAAAUUUGAUUCACCUUUGAUUGUUUCCGAGGAAACAAACAGAGAAGACGCCGUCGUGAAUCAUGAGGCCGCGGCACAAGGCUAUAACACAUGAAUCCUCUGGCUAUUAAAUGCAGCUCCCUCCUUGAGCCUCGCAACAAGAACAGAAUUUUCCCUCGUGUGGAUUUUUUCCAUCUCAUUUCUUUUUCUUGCUGCACUGAUGCAUCAAUCUGAGCGUACUAAAGAAAUGUGUCAUUCUUUUUCUCUGUCGUUGAGCAGGGUGAACAAACAAGUCGAUUUUAAUUAAGGAGAUAUAGGAUCGCACAUUCCGUUUUUGAUCAUUUUCUGAAAACAUAUCUUUGAAAAAAUCCGCUGCGCAGAUGUCUGCUCCAUAACUGAGCGCGAUUACAGACGCGAUGUGGCAGCUGCAGCUUGUUUAACUUUUUGUUUGGUAUGUAAAUGCUCAAUUCUGCUUCUUUUUUUUUUCUAUUAAGAGAGAGAGAGAGAACAACUCCUCCUCUUCUGUUCUCUGAGUCAGUUCAUUCAGCGAUGGUGUCGAUGGGACAGGAUGUUUUGCAGUUGCCAAAGCGUUGUUGUCCCACAGACUUAAGACUUGUUUACAUUAAAUACAAUCAAAAUGUCAUAAUGAACGAAUAAACCUUCUUUUUUUUCACCCAUUACAUUA